AUCUUGAGGAAAAGGCGGCCUCAGUCUUUUGUCAUAUACAUAACGAAGCAAAAUAGUCUCAAAUUCCAUCCUCCGUUAGAUCAUCAGUCUCCGUCACCAUCAACUAAAGGGAUCAACAACCAUCCUCUCUCUACCAUGGCUGCACACCUCCAACGCCGACUGCUUCAGGACUUUGCCGAGUUGCAGCGAAACCCGUAUCCCCGAGUGGCCUUGCAUACAAGAGACAACGACAUUCGCCGGGCAUGUCUUGUUCUACAGCCAGAGGGCUGGAUGCCCAUGCACACCACCGUCAACUUCGGAGACCGCUAUCCUCUCGUCGCUCCCACCAUCAAGAUGAACACGCGAAUGGUCCAUCCCAACAUCUUCGCAACCUAUAUCUGCGCAUCGAUCCUCAACACGUUCGAGGGAUACACGCCGGCGUAUACUCUGAAGGGCAUUGCCAUACAGAUGUUGAGUUUCUUCAGUAGCGACUCAUUGGAGCAGUCGGACGGCGAUUACAUCGAGCCUCUCGAGUGGUAUCGGCAAGAGAGCCUCAAAUGCCAGCAGACCUUCAAGUGCUCUCACUGCGACUUUGACGGAACCAAGACCAAGGCAGACUUUAGAAGAGCUCGAAGGCACGCCCUAAAAGCCUUGUUGCCAACGCCGCCGUCGCCCUUCUCCUCAUCAAGUAUUGCGACUGCAGUGGCUACCUUCGAGAACCAUCAUGGAUGUAUCUUGGCCGCUUUACCGGACGAGCUUCUGCUAGAAACCCUCCACAGACUCGACUUCGCGGAUCUCCUCUCGUUUUCACAGGCUUUGCCGCGGAUUGCAGACAUUAUUCGCGCAUAUGACCUUAUCCGGUUGAGAGAACUCCAAUGCUUCGUCACCAAAACCAACUUCCAAGAUACAAGGCUCGGAGUCGGCGUUACGGUCCCCAAACGCAAGCGGACCAUCGAGUCGGAGUUCGAUCUCAUCUCUCUACCAGCAUUUCAGGACCUGGGAGUCCGCUUCUCUGUCCACAACGUCGCCUUCGAACACUGGCUUCCGCUGCCUCUAAGCCGCCGCCACUGGCGCUCCGUCCAGGACUAUGUAGUACCCGUGAUGCAUAGUCUAGCCGUGGCUAUCUCGUUAACGAGCACAAACAGCUCUCCAGUCGGGGUACUCGCCGCCUUCAUGAAUGAUAUUGUUGUGCGGCUAAAUCAAGUAGAUGCAAGCAAAGCACCUAGCGGCGCAGCAUACAGAGGCAACGAUAAUGUCAGGAUUCCGCAGAUAAGCACACUGCGGCACGCAUCGGAGAAGGCGAUUGAGUCUUACUUUCAUCUAUUCCACCUCCUCCUCUGCCUGGCGACGGCGCAUUCCCAACUGGUCACCGACGCCAACAACAAAAUCAAGCGAUUCAUGAGUGGUAAGACCUCCAAGAUAGCUUGUCCGAAUCUUGGCCACCUCCUGGUCUACCUCCUCAUCAGCGAUAUUGAUAUGACGGAGGCCAUGAGAAAAGCGAUCAUCACCGAGGCUAUCACGCGCAAUGUUGUCUGGAUGCUCGACAAGAAGGGCUCCAAUAUGCCGGAGUUGAGCUAUCUUGAGCCAGAUCACGUCUCGGGUUAUCGUCUAAAGAAAACAUUUGAGGCAAAUCGCACCUCCUACCGACUCCUCAUGUUUUCCGAGCUCUUCCGCCGCAUUGCGAGACCAUCCAACGACAAGACCUUGAAGCAAAUCCAGGACGAGCUCUUCGACCGUCAUGGCGCACCCCCUCUCGGUGCCGCUCUCCAACUAUCCACCGAAGUCCGCCGUCUCCAUGAGAUUGACAAUUUCCCUCACUUUUUCAAGGAGAUGGGGAUUGUGCAGCAUCCGUCAGCCGAAAGGUUCACCGGCGUACUACGAGACUGUGUCAGGAAGAGCAUGGAGAGAGGCUACUCGGUUUGGGGCUUGCCGGCAUCUACUGCUUUAGCCUUGCGGUCCCAGGUAGAGCCCAACGUUGGAGUUCGAGCGAAUCUCGUGGUGAGACAUCCCCCUGGUCCUCGUUACAUGUCACGGGUCACUUUCUUCCCUGACAAAAGUCGACGGAGCUAAACCAGGCAAAGCGCCGGGUUGGGGAGGAGAUUUGCAUAGACCAAGAAAUCGAGUCGUUGGUGAUACCCAGAGUAGUUGCACUGUCCAUCAUCGGGACGAGUAUCCAAAUAAAGGUGAUUCAGUAAGGCUAGUGCACCGCGAACCAAGUCGUGAACUUCUCAGGACAUCGGUUGAUUCCAGACUUAAUUCUCGAAACGAGUCUGUUUUUUCAAGUAAUUCAGAAAACGCUGGAAACUGGUGGCUGACAGGCUGAGGGAUCAUGACAGUAGCAUCAUGUAGUUGACAAAGUUGGACUUUGAAUUGCGAAACAGACUCAAACAUCUGUAAAAGUCCCUACUCGCUCAAUUUCAAUCCUUUUCGCGAGUAUCAUCCUCUCAAAAGUUUUGUGAGCAUGGGAUCUAAUAUAAUCAAACUCUUCUGUCCUUUUGCAUACUUCCUAG